GUUCUUCUGAGAGAGCUUCAUGCGCAACGCGCUCAGCCUAUAGGCGCAUUUCAUGGAGAUCUAUAGAUGACACGAUCUGCGAGCUGCGGGUCGCUCUCAGCAUCUACACGGAUCUCUAAUGUGGAACAUGGCGAGAGGGAUGAGGGGAGCUUAUCUCGUCGCGCUAUUUUUGACCUUUUCGAUAUCACUUUUCGGGGACGCAGACGGACAAAAUGUUUUUGACGAAACUACGGGGUUUAGUUUGAGUCCUCCGUAUUUUAACCUCGCCGAAGGGUCACAGAUCUCCGCUUCUGCAACUUGCGGUCAAGAUGAAUCUGGGAGACCGAGAUCUGAUUUAUACUGCAAGCUUGUCGGAGGACCUACUAUUGGACUUCCUACUCAAAAUAUACAGGGUCAGUUCUGUGACUACUGCUAUUCCAGUGACCCCAACAAAGCCCACCCAGUGACCAACGCCAUCGAUGGAACAGAGCGGUGGUGGCAGAGCCCCCCUCUGUCCAGAGGAUUUAGCUACAAUGAGGUGGACGUCACCCUGGACCUUGGGCAGCUCUUCCACGUGGCAUAUGUCCUCAUCAAGUUUGCUAACUCUCCUCGCCCUGACCUGUGGGUGCUAGAGCGUUCUGUGGACCAUGGGAGAACCUACACCCCCUGGCAGUAUUUUGCACAUUCUAAGCGUGAGUGCAUCGAAAAGUUUGGAAAGCAGCCCAAUGCUCGUAUACUGCAAGAUGAUGACCAGAUCUGCACCACAGAAUAUUCACGGAUUGUCCCUUUGGAGAACGGAGAGAUUGUGGUGUCUUUGGUCAACGGGCGCCCAGGCUCCAGAAACUUCACCUACUCCCCGGUGCUUCGUGACUUCACCAAGGCCACCAACAUCCGCCUGCGCUUCCUCCGCACCAGCACCUUGUUGGGCCACCUCAUCUCCAAGGCCCAGAGAGACCCCACAGUCACACGAAGGUAUUACUACAGUAUCAAAGACAUCAGCAUUGGAGGACGUUGCGUUUGUCACGGACAUGCACAGGUGUGUGGCGGACGUAAUAACGGCAACCCAAAUAGACGCCAGUGCGAGUGCAAACACAACACAUGCGGUGAGUCAUGUGACCGCUGCUGCCCAGGCUUCAACCAGAAGCCAUGGCGUGCCGCUACCAAAGACAGCCCCAACGAGUGCCAACCCUGCCAGUGUUUCUCCCAUGCCUUUGACUGUUAUUACGACCCAGAGGUAGAGCAGAGGGGAGCAAGUUUAGACACCUUCGGCAGGUACGAAGGAGGAGGCGUGUGCAUCAACUGCCAGCACAACACUGCUGGAGUGAACUGUGAGAAAUGCAUUGAUGGUUUCUACAGACCUUACGGAGUACCACCUGAGUCUCCCACUGGUUGCAUACCCUGUAGGUGUGACAGCAGGACGAUAACCAGCUGUGAGAUGGGGUCCGGACGUUGCAUCUGCAAACCAGAGUUCAGUGGGGAAAACUGUGAUCGCUGUGCUGACGGGUACUACGGCUUCCCUCAGUGCAUCCGAUAUCCCGUAUACCAGACGACCACCAAAUCCCCUGCAGGUCAUAUUGUGGAGACCACUGCCUGCCCUCCAGGUUAUUUCGGAGCGCCCAGCUGUCAGCUGUGUGUAUGUGACUACAGCGGGUCAGUGCACGAGGUGUGUGAUGCUUCAGGGCGCUGCCUGUGCCGCCACGGGGUGGAAGGGGAGCGAUGUGACCGCUGUCGACCAGGAUACCACUCUUUCCCAAACUGCCAGGUGUGUCGCUGUGACGGGGCCGGUGCAGCUGACGGUGUCUGCAGUCCAACUGGCCAGUGCAGUUGCCUCAGCAACUAUGAAGGACAGCAGUGUGACCAGUGUGCACCAGGUUACUAUGGGUACCCAGACUGUGCUGCCUGCCAGUGUUCACGGGAGGGCUCCUAUGGCACCACAUGUAACCCACUGUCAGGUCAAUGCCUGUGUCUGCCGGGGGUGGUGGGCCAGCAGUGCGACCGCUGUGCUGGCUCAGGGCUCAGGUUCCCCCACUGCUCAGCCUCCAUCAGUCAGUGUAAUCCAGCAGGGUCAGAGGUCACGCAUCCUCAAACGGGCUCUUGUCGCUGCCGACCAAACGUAGAGGGAACCCUGUGUGACAGGUGUAGACCUCUCUACUGGAACCUGGCCGUAGACAGCCCUAGUGGCUGCAUUGAGUGUCGGUGUGAUGUAAAAGGGACCCUGAGUGGUGUUGGGGAGUGUGUGCAGAAAACUGGACAGUGUCACUGCAAGCCAAACGCAUGUGGACAUGCAUGUGACACCUGUAAGGAGGGAUAUUUCCUGCUGCAGAAACGACACUAUUUUGGUUGUCAAGGUUGUCAGUGUGAUGUGGGCGGAGCCAUCGGCAGGGCCUGUGAUGAGGCAUCGGGACAGUGUCGGUGUCGGAGGAAUGUGGUGGGCCGCACAUGCACACAGCCCGCACGUAGCUACUACUUUCCCACGCUGCACCAGCUGAAGUUUGAGGUGGAGGAUGGCACCACGCCCAACGCCAGGCCGGUGCGCUUUGGUUACAACCCCCAAGAGUUUCCAGAGUUUAGCUGGAGAGGCUAUGCUGUAAUGUCCCCCGCGCAGAGUGAAGUCAAAGUAACAGUGCAUGUUAAUGUGAAAGAUGAAAAGCAGUUCUUCCGUGUGGUUCUGCGGUUCACUAACCCCAGCGGUGCCAGUGUGACCGGUAGCAUCAUGGCUACCAAUAACAGGGCCACUCCAGGGUCAGAGCAGAGUAAGGAGGUAAUAUUCCCUGCCAGUCCCUCCCCCAGCUUCCUCACCGUCCCAGGAGAGGGCUUCGCUGAACCUUUUACUCUGACCCCUGGGAAAUGGAUUAUCCACAUAAGGGCAGAGGGCGUUCUGCUGGAUUAUUUAGUGCUGCUACCCCAGGAUUAUUAUGAAGCACCUCUCCUGCAAGAGCGGAUCACCCAGCCCUGCACAUACGUAUCCACUGCAAACAAGGACACAAACUGUCUCUUGUAUAAGCAUUUGGCAAUGGGUGGCUUCAGCUCUGUCCUGGGGUCACAGGGUCAGCUGUCCACCCGCAGUGGCCGCAGGAGGAGGCAGGCUCGUGUGCGGAGACCCACCCCAGAUCAUCCUGAAAUGGCCUCCCUCAACGGGAGACAGUCUCAGCUCCAGCUAAGUCUUCGUGUUGCUCGCCCUGGUCUUUAUGCUCUCGUCCUAGAGUACGCCAGCGAGGUGGACAACGUCCAGAAUGUCAACGUACUCAUCAGAGGCCAGUCAGACGGUGAUAUCCUAGCCAGGGCCAACAUUUACAGUUGUGCCUACAGCUUUCUGUGUCGGAGUGUGGCAGUGGACAGCAGUAACCGGGUGGCAAUGUUGCAGCUUUCUCACAAGGUCGAGCUUCUCUUGCAGUCUUCCACAGCGGCAUUCCUGCUGUAUAAAGUGUAUGCAGUGCCUGCAGAGGAGUUCUCCAUGGAGUAUGUGGACCCCAAAGUGCUGUGUGUCUCUGUCCACGGCCGCUUCACUGAAGACAGUCAGUACUGUGUCCCGAGCCAGUUCAGCAGGCCUACCACAGCGUGGAUUUUGGACGCGGCACGUGACGGGCGUCUAUCCUCUGCACCACUCACCGCCCCCCGGCAGAGGGAGGAGGGUGAGGAGUGGAGGUGGAGGCGGCAGUCCGGGUUGUUCCCUAUCAGUCCACCCCAGAGCGACGGGGUAUUGCUUAAAUUCCCCCAGACGGAGAUCAGCUUCAAUCCCAGCGUGCCCCUCCCAGGCAGGUAUGUUGUUGUGGUCCAUUAUCGCCAGCCUGAACACACCUCCUUCCCUGUGGACGUUCAAGUGGAUGCUGGACGCACCUGGACUGGUUUGAUAAAUGCAUCCUUCUGCCCCGGGGUCUCAGGCUGCAGGGAGGUAGUCAUCGUUGACGGGCGCAUUGCCCUUGACCUCGACCAACCUUCCUGGCAACAGCCCACCAUCACUGUGAGGGUCCCGCCCAGAAAGACCCUGAUCCUGGAUUAUAUCCUGGUGGUUCCUGAUAGCAGUUAUGCUCCAGAGCUCCUGAAAGAGAAGCCACUGGAUAAGUCUGCUGAUUUUGCACAGCACUGCAGAGGGGAAGGCUUUUAUAUUGACCCCAGAACCUCUUCCCAGUUCUGCAGAGACUCUGCCCGCUCUCUUGUAGCAGCCUACAAUGAUGGCGCUUUGCCUUGCAACUGUGACAAGGCUGGCGCCACGGCAACCAACUGUGAUCCAAUCGGAGGACAGUGUCCCUGCAGACAGCACGUCAUCGGUCGACAGUGCACCAGGUGUGCUACGGGAUACUAUGGCUUCCCUUACUGCAGACCAUGUGAGUGUGGCCGCCGGCUGUGUGAUGAGGUGACAGGACGGUGUAUCUGCCCUCCUCAGACGAUCAAACCGGCCUGUGAUGUGUGUCUGAGUCAGACUUUCAGCUACCACCCUUUGCUGGGCUGCGAGGGCUGUAACUGCUCAACCAAUGGCAUCAAAGACAGUGCAAGGCCUGAGUGUGACCGUGAAACUGGACAGUGCACUUGCAAGCCCAGGAUUGGGGGUCGGCAGUGUGAUCGCUGCGCUCCAGGGUAUUAUCGCUUCCCUGACUGUUUGCCAUGUGACUGUGGCCAAGGAGGGGUCACACCUGAUGUGUGUCAUCCAGACACAGGGGAGUGUCUCUGCAAGUAUGUAGACAUGCACGGCUGGCGUUUGGAAAAGCUCGACCAGGAAGAGAUUCCCUCUGUGCUGAACACGGCCAGUAACACAGUCGUGGCUGACAUCCAGGAGCUUCCACCUACAGUUCAAGUUCUCCACUGGGUGGCGCCAUCCACCUACCUGGGAGACAGGGUGUUAUCCUAUGGUGGCUUCCUUACCUACCAGUCCAAAUCCUUUGGCAUUCCCAGUGAGGGGAUGACGCUGUUGGACAGAAGACCUGAUGUCCUGCUUAGUGGGCAGAAAAUGACCCUGAUCCACCUGGCUCCUCAGCUCCCCUCUCCAGACAAACUGUACCAGGGCAGAGUCCAGCUUGUGGAGGGAAACUGGCGUCAUGCUGGGACCAACAGGCCCGUGUCCCGAGAGGAGCUGAUGAUGGUUCUCGCUGGUCUGGACGGCCUGAGGAUCCGAGCCCUGUACUUCACUCAGAGCCAGCGCCUCAGUCUGGGGCAGGUGGGCCUGGAGGAGGCCUCUGAGACGGGGGCUGGAGGUCCUGCCAACACUGUGGAGAAUUGUUUCUGCUCCCCAGAAUACACUGGAGCCUCCUGUGAGAAAUGCGCUCCUGGUUACCACAGAGAUGGUGCUGGGCCUUUCCUGGGGCGCUGUGUGCCCUGUGACUGCAACGGUCUGGCUAAUGAGUGUGACGACAGGACGGGGAAGUGCCUGAAUUGUCAAUAUAACACAGCUGGGGAUCACUGUGAGCGCUGCAAGGAGGGUUACUAUGGAAACCCGGCUCAGAGGACAUGCCGUGUGUGCCCAUGCCCAUCCGAGGUGGCAUCGAAAAGUUUUGCCGUUGGUUGCAGAGAGAUCUCCGGAGCAUUCCAGUGUAUAUGCAGAACAGGCUACACCGGAGAAAGGUGUGAGAGGUGUGCUCCUGGUUUCUAUGGUGAUCCGAAGACAGGAGGAAGUUGUCAGCCCUGUAAUUGCAACGGCAAUGGCAACAACUGUGACUCCAGAACUGGAGUGUGCAAGAACACACUGGAGCCAAAAGACACAAACACUGAUGAGCAAUGCCAAGAGUGUGAUAAUUGUGCCCAGACUUUACUAAAUGAUCUGGAGAAGCUGGAUAAUGACCUGGGAAGAAUCAAGACUCAGCUGGACAAUGCCAGUGCCAGUGCUACUUCCCAAGACAGACUAGAGAAGCUGGAGAAGGCCAUCUCAGACACCAAGACUUUGGUCAGCAAAUUCAGCACCACCAUCACCAAUCACAAGCCCAAAGUUAACCAGCUGGAGCAGGACAUGCGCACUCUCAGUGAUGACAUCAGCCUCCUCAAAGACAAGGCAGAUGAGAAGGCUGCUGAUGCUGACAAGGCAGUGGCGGAUGUGGAAAAAACCCACAAAAGAGCCAAGGAUUUGGACACAGAGGUUAGGAACAUACUCAAGAAAAUCAAAGCCUUGUUGGACCAGUUGAACGAAGCAGGCACCAGUGCCAGCGGUGACAGGCUGCCCAGUGAGGACCUGGCUAAGAUGAUGGAUGAGGCUCAGCGUAUGGUGAAGGAGAUGGAGAACAAAAACUUCAACCCCCAGAAGACAGCUGCAGAGAAGGAAAGAGACGAGGCCAAGAAACUGCUAGAGCACAUCAAGGCAAACGUAAGCAAGCAGUGCGACCAGAACGAGGCAGCAGCAGAGAAGAUUCGGGGUCUGCUGAAGGACUACGAGGCCAAACUGAAGGACCUGGAUGAGGCUCUGAAGGAGGCUGUGGACACGGUGAAAAAAGCAAACACCCAGAAUGGACUCAAUGCACAGGCAAUGGAUGAUCUGCAGAAACGUAUUGACAGUUUGAAAAAGGAGCGUAAGAUAGUUCAGGACCAAAUGGCGAUGGCAGAGGAUGAGCUGAAGAAAACAGAAGAUCUGCUGAAACAGCUGUCCGACAGUAAAAAGGAGUACGAGCAGCUGGCAGCACAACUGGAUGGUGCCAAGACGGACUUGACCAAGAAGGUUAAUGAACUCUCCCAGGCAGCAGACAAGGAGGACAUUGUGAGGCAGGCAGAGGACCAUGCUGAUGAGCUCAAGAGGCUGGCUAAGGAGCUUGAGGAUGCUGUGAGGUCCUCCAGUGGACACUCUGAUGUCCGUAAUGCCAUGGAUGCCAUUGAGACCUACAAGAAUAUUACAGAUGCGAUCAAUGCCGCUGAGGAAGCCGCCAACGAGGCAAAAGAUGCAGCAGACAAGGCCUUGAAUAAUCUUAAAAAGGAAGACCUAUCAAAAAAAGCAAAAGAACUGAAAAAUCAUGGGGACCAACUUUUGGAUGAGGCAAAGAAUGCAAAAAAAGAUCUUCAAGAUGCCGCCGAUGACCUUGCUGCCCAGAAGAAGCGUUUGAAGAAUGCUGAGAAAAAGAAGAAAGCUUUGGAGAAGGACCUCCUGGAUGCUCAGGCUGAAUUAAAUAACAUCAAGAGAGAUGAUAUAAGUGCUAUAAUUGAUGAGGCCAAGAAGAAGGCGUCGUCAGCCAACGACACAGCCAGCAACACCUUGGACCGACUCAAUGAGAUCCGUAACCAACUCAGCAAUAUCAAUGUCACUCCAAUGGACUCCAGUCUCACCAAUGUUAUGGAUGAUGUGGACAAAUCAGUAAAGGACCUGUUGAACACCAUCCCAUCUCUAAAUGAUAAGAUCUCAGAGGUGGAGAGCCUCACCUCAGAGCUCUCCCCUGUCACCAACAUAUCUGAGAACAUCAAGAAGAUCAAAGAGCUCAUUGAACAAGCCCGGGAUGCAGCUAACAGGAUUGUGGUCCCAAUGAAAUUCACAGGGAACGGCCACGUGGAGCUGCGUCCACCAAAGGAUUUGGAAGAUCUGAAGGCCUACACAGCCCUGUCUCUGUCUCUUCAGAGACCUAAGACUGAUUCGAGAGGGGACGGAGCUCGCAGACGCAGACAGAGUGCAGCCAAGGAGGAUAUGUUUGUGCUCUACCUGGGCAAUAAAGAUUCUUCUAAAGACUACAUAGGGAUGUAUCUGGAGAAUAAUGUGCUACACUGUGUGUACAAGCUCAACGGAGUUGAGAAUGAUAUUGAAUCAUUCGAAAUCACCGGAUCGUCAUCUGAGUCAGCCUUCUUUGACAAAGUGGACCUAAACAGAAUCUACGAAGAUGCAGAGGUGGUCUUGACCAAACUCUUCACGUCAAACACACCUGAUGCACCAUUAAAGAAGAACUUGGCACCAGAGCAGACCAAGAACCUGCUGAACCUCAGCCCCGAUGAUGUUGUCUUCUACGUUGGAGGCUAUCCUGACAGCUUCACUCCACCAGCACCUCUCAACCAUCCUAAGUACAAGGGCUGCAUCGAGUUCUCCUCAUUCAACGACAGAUUCAUCAGCCUCUACAAUUUCCAAAAGGCUGUGAACAUCAAUUUGGAGACACCUUGCAAGAGGUAUAUACAACCAAUAGAUUUUAACUACUUUGAAGGUACGGGAUAUGCAAAGGUGCUUGUUGAAAGACCUCCAGCAACCAUGCUCAUAAAUCAAUUAGUCAAGUCUCGUUCUGAGAAUGGACUACUCUUAUACAUAGGAAAUGAGGAUAAAUACUACACUGUGGCAAUUGAGAGGGGCUUUUUUGUUCUGGACAGUAACUUGCUCAGCGCACCAGUUAGAAGUAAUGAAAAAGUGUUCCCACUGGAGGGUGACGGGACAGAAAUUCUCAUUGUCCUGGAGUCAGUUGGUGCAAAGCAGAUCAGAGUGCGAAAGUCAAAUAAAGACCUGGUCCAUGCCGAUGUUGAGUAUACCAAAGGAGAUUUUAAAGAGUACUACAUUGGUGGAGCACCACAAGACCUGAGGGAAAAAAACAACAUCACCACACAGCCCCUCAAAGGAUGCUUGAGGAAUGUGAAGCUGAAUAGCAAAUUCCAAUCCUUUGAAGAGAAAGUUGGUGUCAGCCGUGGUUGUACGCCAGAUUUCUUGGCCUCUCGUAAAGCAGAGUUUACCUUGGGAAGCUCCUUGGCGAAAAACUUCAGUGGCUUUAGCGUGGCCGGCGAUUUUAUGAUCUCUCUCGGCUUCAAGAGCACAGAGAACAACGGUCUCCUUCUGCAGAACAAAGAGGCGGCUAAUGGGAUUGAACUUGCUUUAAUAAAUGGCCAUGUGGUUCUAAAGUUCAACGACAAGAUGUGGAAAUCUAACAAAAACUACCAGGAUGGCCAAUGGCAUUAUUUGACUGUGGACAAAACAGGUGGCAGUAUUGAGUUACUGAUUGAUGAUGAGGAUGAAGGCCAGCAGCAGACUUCCAGCAUGUCCAUAUCAGACACAAACACCUCUGUGUUCCUGGGAAAAGACAAUUUCAAAGGCUGCCUCUCCAACCUCUACAUAAGAGGGCACAGCGAUUCUUGCAGAGCCGAGGACUUGAGUCGCUUCAGUGCCACUGGAAACGUGCUGCUGGACAUGUGUCCUGGUGACAAACCGCCCCUGCUGAUGCUCGACCGCAACUCUGAGAGGGAUGGUGUUAUGGAGGCAGUAAAUGACAGUCUAUCAAUGUGUGCAAUGCCAGCCCUCACCCCACAUGCCUAUCACUUGGGUGGCCUUGUAAGCAGCUUGAGCUACAGCCUUCCACCACAGGCCCUGCAGCCAAAGCCCCACUUCUCUCUAGAUGUCAGGACCCGGUCUCCAGAGGGACUGCUGUUUUUUGCUGCUACCAGAGGAGGGCGCUCUCACCUUGCUUUAUACAUGUCCAAGGGCAGGAUCAGAUUCUCUGUAGGCAAACAGAAAGAGAUCUUCAACCGGGAGAAGUACAACGAUGGGAAGUGGCACUCGGUCAUAUUCAGUUUGGAGAAGAAAAAGUUCCGGUUGGUUGUAGAUGGAAUCAGGGCCCAGGAUGGUCAGCUGACAAAUGAUGAGGUGGCAUCCAUGGACUUUAUGUCACCUCUGUACCUGGGCAGUGCACCUGAAUCCCUUCACAAAGAAUUAAAGUGGAAGAUCCUUCCAAAGCAAAGUGUGUUGGGCUGUGUCCGCAGUUUCAAGAUGAAUGGCGCACCAAUGCCAGAGCCGACCACCAAUCGUGGCGUCGGCCCUUGUUUUCAGGGUCAGACUCAGAGUGGGGCUUAUUUCUCAGGGAACGGAGCACAUGUUAUUCUUGAAGACUCCAUCGUGAGCUCAGACUUUGAGCUGCUCUUUAGCAUUCGUCCAAGGAGUCCGACUGGAGUUCUGCUGCACGUUGGUGACUCCAACAGGACCCGACAAGGAUCCACUACAGGCCAUUAUCUCAACAUCUACAUGCUCAGAGGAGAGGUAGUAGUGCAGGCGAACAACGGAGGAGGAGAAUUCAGGGUGUCAGUCCUGCCCAAGACUCCCUUGUGUGACGGACUGUUCCAUAAAAUUUCAGUGAUCAAGAGGAAAAAUGUUGUGCAACUGCAUGUAGACACAACGGGGAAUCACAAAAUUGGGCCACCAAGUUCCUCUUCCACUUCGAGCAAAAACCCCUUGUAUGUGGGUGGCAUUCCUGAGAGGUCCAUGCACCAGAUGCUCCCUGUCACAUCGUCGUUUGUGGGAUGCCUCCAGAACAUUUGGAUCAAUAACAGCCCGGUCUCCCUCGAGCGGCUGUCCAGGGUGUUCGGUCCUGUCAACCUCAGAGAGUGUCCAGCGGGCUGACCCGAAGCAUCUCACUGCAUCAUCACCAAAUCUUGGGACCAUGUCCACUGGCAACCAUGUGCAAUCUGUUAACCCAGACAGAGAAUGUGUAUAUGUGUAAGAAUGUACUACCAGUGUGUUUGAAUGAGAGUAUGUGAGAGUAUGUGAGAGUGUGUGUGCGUGUAUGUGUGUGUUUAUAAUGGAGAGCAGCAGCAAACAGAAUCAUAUCUUGUUGCUCUUUUAAAGUUAUCUAUAUUUAUUUUGUGAUAAAAUCAUGUAUUACAUCACCAGUUUAUGAAUGCAUAUUCUAACGGAUGUUUUACAGUCUGCUUUAUAGAUAUUUUGUCCAUUUAUUCUGAAUCAACUGUCAACUACUGCUACUAUUGCUACUGAAAAUGGUUGUAAUAGGCCAGGGCUGCAUUAUGACCAACCUGCAGUAUCAGCAACCCAGCACUUUAAGAAAACGAAUGACAGGCCAUUUGCGAUGGUGCUUUCAUGGUGAUCAGCGUUAUCAGUUGAUGUCUUUACUCGCCUCGGUCUUUGGACCCAAAAGUUUGUGUUCUACAGUAAUCUGCAGUUGCUCAAGUCACUGUCACUUGGUCACAGUCUGCUAAGUUGUUUUGUCUCCAUGUCCUCCUGUGAGCAUGAUAUUUCUGCAUGUCAACUAUUUGAGUAGACAUGGACUAUUCACACGUGGUUUUACAUGUACUGUACUGACAUUCUUUUGAACUCAUAUUCCAUUUUGCAUUCCUGUGCAUGCAUAGAAAUGUUGUGUGUAUUUGUGAAUGUUGGUUACACCAGUAAACACAUUGUAGUUAACUUUCUGGAGCAUUGCCUGUCAGUUAAAAAGAAAACAUAUUUUUGCCAGCUUUUAUUUAUAGGCAGUCUCAAAGUUCUGAUUGGUCAUGUUUGGGACCACUUAGCCCAUAUUACUAGAAUAAGUUUGUAUUAAAAUAAGAAAAAAACAAAAUUAAUUUACUUUGAUUCCCCAGCAAGUGUAUACCUCAGUGCUUUGUACAUUUGUGAAAGAAAAAAAAAGCAUGCAUGACUGUUGGACUUUUUUUCUUUUUUUUUUUUCAUGCAUUCCUGUCUAGUGACCACAGAUAUUAUUGAUUUGUUAACCCUUUUAUAAUCUGUCCUAUAAAUGUUUGUCACU